CCGUAUGAGACAGUUACCGUUAAACUGUAGCCACGAGCACGAAGCUCAGAGAGCAAAGCUGAACCAGAAGAGAGAGAGAGAGAGAGAGAGAGAGAGAGAGAGAGAACGCGAUGACGCCAAUGAGGAUGACAUACCGUACGGUCUUCAAGGUUUAUCAGAGCAAAAAUAGAGUGCCAUAUUUGUUUCAAUCGCGUUCAUACUCUCAGUUGCAGUUUCAAUCUAGGCCCGAACCCGAACGGUCUUCGUUUGGAAUUGCGUUUGACAUUGACGGGGUUAUUCUCCGUGGCCGUGUUCCCGUUGGAGGGUCUCCGCGAGCUUUAAGGAAGUUGUACGGAAUAUCAGGUACUUUGAAGGCUCCUUUUCUGUUUUUGACCAAUGGAGGUGGCAUACCGGAAUCAAGACGAGCCGCUGAAUUAACUGAACUUUUGGGAGUUAACAUCUUGCCUUCUCAGGUUGUACAGGGUCACACACCUUUUAAAAAUCUGUUGAGAAGAUAUGAGAAUGAACUCAUUAUUGCUCUUGGAAAAGGGGAACCGGCUCUUGUAAUGUCUGAUUAUGGUUUCAAAAAAGUUCUCUCAUUAGAUGAGUAUGCAUCCUACUUCAAGAAUAUUGAUCCUGUAUCUCAAUAUAAACUGUGGAGAACUAAGCAGGCAUUGGAUUGCAGCCACCCCAAGGAGUCUGUGCCAAGAUAUGAUGUUUAUUCUAACAGGGUUAGUGCAGCUUUUGUCGUCAGCGACCCUGUAGAUUGGGGCAGGGACAUUCAGGUUCUCUGUGACAUUCUAAGAUCUGGAGGGUUUCCUGGACAAGAGAAUGGCCAUCAACCACCUCUAUAUUUUGCCGCAGAUGAUCUUGAGUAUCAGGCUGCAUUUCCUUCUGAGCGACUCGGAAUGGGUGCUUUCAGAAUUGCACUUGAAAGCAUCUUCAACAGGAUUCACCAUGAUGCUUUGGAAUAUGUCUCUUUUGGGAAGCCAAAUCCGUUUGUGUUUAAGAACACUGAAGCUCUAUUGACACAGCUUCAACCAUCUCAUUGUCAUAAUGAUACAACAAAUACUGGAAACUCUCAGUCGCAUGCUUUCAAAACCCUUUAUAUGAUUGGUGACAACCCUUCAGUUGAUAUCAAAGGUGCUCAACAGGCUGGACAUCCUUGGUUUUCUAUUUUGACGAGGACAGGCGUUUUUAAGGGGAAAGAUAAUCAUGCAGAGUUUCCAGCAGAUCUGGUUGUGGAUACCGUAGAAGAGGCAGUGGACUACAUUCUGAAGAGAGAAGGAACUUCUUAGCUCAGAAAAAAGAAAGAAAAGAAAAUUUACUCAAGAGUGAUUAUGUAUGUACUGGGUUUCGCUUGUAUGGUUGACAGAAAAUUGGAUCAAGCAGCUCUUAUAAUUGAAUGCAAGCUCAUAUUCAGUUUCAUGGCCUUUUCUUUUUAGCUGAUUUCAUGGCUAAAAAUUGAUCCUGUGCUAAUCCUAGGUUACGCGCUGAUUUCGGUACUGAUGGAUAUUUUGAUCACGAGAGCCACUAUCCUUACAAUUGCCACAGGACAAGUACAAAGGAGUGGUUUUCGUGCAAGCAAGUUCACCACAAUCUGCUUGCGUAAGCUCAGACAAAGUAAUGUUUACCUUCUCAGUGCCUUUGUUCCACUAUGGAGGUUAUUAUGGAAAGUUACCCAUUUUUUUCCCAUACUCUUUUUCUGUCUAUUAAAAUGACAGCCUUUUCAUCUGGCAUACGUACACGAAUAUUAUCAUCGACUCGGCUCAAAGCAUAUGAUCAAAGCUCUAGUGGCGCACAUAGCAAUAUCAGAAUGGAAUUCUCGUCGGCCGGUAUGUACACAAUAGAUGACGUUCUUCCACCCCAAUUUUUUUUUUUUUUUUUUUUUUUUUAAGAGAGAGGAUAUGUUACUCUGUAUGUUUGCUUCAAUUGAAUGAAGGAAAUCAUGAAUCGGGAAA